AGCGUAAAAACCGAUCUUUUGAUUGGGGCAGAUGGUAUUCGCAGUUCGGUACGAAGAUUACUAAUAGGCGAAGACAUUACUCCUUUACGUUAUCUGGACUGUAUUGUGAUCCUGGGUAUUUGCCCUUUGAAAGCUCUUGAGGAAAUUGAUAGUGAUUUACUGGAUUCUGCAACAGUAUUCCAGACCGCUAACGGAAAUGAACGCAUUUACAUAAUGCCUUAUACAUCAGAUUCUGUAAUGUGGCAGCUUAGUUUUCCAAUGUCCGAAGAAGAAGCCAAAACACUAAGUGCUCAGGGAACUUAUGCACUUAAGGAAGAAGCCUACCGAAGAACUCAAUGGCACGAUCCUAUUCCUCAGAUUAUAACAGCAACUCAGGAAGUUCAGAUUUCCGGUUAUCCGGUUUAUGAUCGGGAAUUACUGGAUUCAGCAUUAUUAUCAAAAGCCGGACAAGUAACUUUGAUUGGAGAUGCAGCUCAUCCAAUGAGCCCGUUUAAAGGACAGGGAGCCAAUCAGGCCUUACUGGAUGCACUUGCACUCGCUCGCGGCAUUUCGAAAGGAUGCAGGCCAAUGUCUGAAUGGCGAAAAGCAGGCAUAAGAGAAAGUGUCUUAAAUGAGUUUGAAUCAGAGAUGUUAGAAAGA